AUUGAAGUGGUUUUAUAGUCAAAGGUUAGGAAACUAGUUACUUGAAAUUGUUCCAAUACGCAAUUUUAAACUGAAAGCUCUUGAUUCAUUCAUUCAACAAAUAUUUGUAGAGAACCUUUUAUAAAUAAGACAUUUUUCUGGAUGUUGGGGAUACCAUGGUGAGCAGGAAAAAAAAAAAAAAGAUUGUAGCCUGAUGGAAUUCAGCCUAGAAAGUGAUUACGGACAUCAAUUCAUUCAUUUGAGAUUUUUUUUUUAAGUACCUGCUGUAUAUCACACAGUAUUUCUAGGCACUGGACUUAUAGCAGUGAACAAACAAAAAAAAAUCAUGUUCUCAUGGAGAUUAAUUAUAUUGGGGUAUAGAUAGUAGAUGAUACAUAAGUAAAGCAAAUAGUAUGUUCUUGCUAGUUAGUGAGAAGUGCUAAGGGGAAAAAGUGAAGCAGAAAAAGCAUAUAAAGUGUCAGAGAAGAGGGUGGGAAUUAUAGCUGGGGUAGCAAGGAAAGGCCCCACCGAAAUGGUGAUUUUUUGUUUAUGGAAAGACUCAAAGGAAAAGAGGAAGCAGGCUGUGCUGCAUGUUACUUCUACCUGAAGAGAGGAGGAUAUACUUAGAGAUUUGAGGAAUGGCACCAAUCAUCAGUGGAAAGAUUGCUGUUCUCUGAAAGGAAAACACAAGAUGCAGUGGAAGUACAUGACACUGCUCUACCUGUCCUGUUUUCUGGAAUCAGAAAAGUUCUCUGAGGAAGUGUCAUUUAACCUGAAACCCAGAGGGGGUUGAGGAGGUUUGAGUGUAUAGAUAUGAAAAUCUCUGCUAAUUCAGCACGGAGAGCUUCUUUGGGUUCCGCUCUGUAUAGAAGUGGUAAACCAUGGAAAUGGGAAGAAUGUCCUGAUGUUUUUGGUAAAGAUUUAUUUAUUUAGGGACCAGCACUGUGGCUUAGUGGGUAAAGCCACUGCCUGCAGUGCCGGCAUCCUAUAUGGGCAUGGGUGCAAGUGCCGGCUGCUCCUCUUCUGAUCUAGCUCUCUGCUAUGGCCUGGGAAAGCAGUAGAAGAUGACCCAAGUGCUUGGGCCUCUGCACCCGCAUGGGAGAUCUAGAGGAAGCUCCUAGCUUUGGACUGGUGCAGCUCCAGCCAUUGCAGCCAUCUGUGGAAUGAACCAAGGGAUGGAAGACUCUCUCUUCCUCAUCUUCUGCUGCUUUCCCAGGCACAUUAGCAGAGAGCAGCUGAGACUUGAACUGGCACCCAUAUGGGAUGCCAGCACCACAGCUGUUGGCCCCAAAUGUCCCAGUUUUUAAGUGGUCCAAUAUGGGAAUCAAUUUGACUAUUAACUUAAAUUCGUAAUAUUGCCAAACACUGGAGUAGUGCUUUUUGGGUCAAAAAACACUUUUAUAUACUUAAAAAAUAUUAUUUAUUUAUUUGAAAGGCAGAGUGACAGAGAAAGACAGGAAGAGGCAGACACAAAGAGAGAUCUUCUAUCCCCUGAUCCUCCAAAUACUGCAAUGGCCAGGGCUGGGCCAGGCUGAAGCCAGGAGCCAGGAGCUUCAUCCUGGUCCCCAUGAGGGGAGCAAGGUCCCAAGCACUUGGGCCAUCUUCCAUAACUUUUCCAGAUAUUUGAGUGGUGGUACUUCCAUAAGCAUGGCACGUCUUUUAUCGAGCAAGUGUCUGUAAGCCAUUUGAGACCACUGAUGGGAGGAACAGAGAGCAGCAUUUCGGAGCCAGUUUCUCUUUCCAGUAACAGACAAAGUGAAGCCGGCAGACAGAAUUUGUCAGAAUGCAAGGUAUGGAGAAACCCUCUAAACCUUUUCAGAGGAGCAGAAUAUAGGAGAUACACAUGGGUGACCGGUAAAGAGCCGCUUACAUACUAUGACAUGAACUUGUCGGCUCAGGACCAUCAGACCCUUUUCACCUGUGACACAGACAUCCUACGUCCUUCAGACACAGGCCAUAAAAAGCAGAGAGCUGGAUUGGAAGUGGAGGAGCUGGGACUCGAACUGGCACCCAUAUGGAUUGCUGGCACUGCAGGCAGCGGCUUUACCUGCUACGCCACAGCACCGGCCCCAGAGUCUACUUUUAUUAUGCAGAAGGCAUGGAGGGAAAGAAAUCCUCCAGCUCGAAUCAAAGCAGCCUAUCAAGCUUUAGAAUUAAACAAUGACUGUGCCACUGCAUACGUUCUACUGGCUGAGGAAGAAGCAACAACCAUUGUAGAUGCUGAAAGAUUAUUUAAGCAGGCACUCAAAGCAGGAGAAACAAUUUAUAGGCGGUCACAGCAGUGCCAGCACCACAGUCCUCAGCAUGAAGCUCAACUGAGGAGAGAUACCAAUGUACUGGUGUAUAUUAAAAGAAGAUUGGCAAUGUGUGCAAGAAAGUUAGGAAGAAUAAGAGAAGCAGUAAAAAUAAUGAGAGAUCUGAUGAAAGAAUUUCCUCUUCUUACCAUGUUGAACAUCCAUGAAAAUCUCUUAGAAUCACUUUUAGAAUUACAGGCCUAUGCAGAUGUUCAGGCAGUCCUAGCAAAGUAUGAUGAUAUAAGCCUUCCAAAAUCAGCAGCAAUCUGUUAUACAGCAGCACUGUUGAAGACAAGGACUGUUUCAGAUAAAUUCUCUCCAGAAACAGCCUCUAGAAGAGGGUUAAGCACAGCAGAAAUUAAUGCUGUGGAAGCAAUUCAUAGAGCUGUGGAAUUUAAUCCUCAUGUUCCAAAAUAUUUACUAGAGAUGAAAAGUUUGAUUUUGCCUCCAGAACACAUUCUGAAACGGGGUGAUAGUGAAGCAAUUGCCUAUGCUUUCUUUCAUCUUCAGCACUGGAAGCGAAUAGAAGGUGCUCUUAAUCUCUUACAGUGCACGUGGGAAGGCACUUUUAGAAUGAUUCCAUACCCACUAGAGAAAGGACAUCUAUUUUAUCCUUAUCCCAGCUGCACAGAGACUGCUGAUAGGGAGCUGUUACCUAACUUUCAUCAUGUUUCUGUUUACCCAAAGAAAGAACUUCCUUUUUUCAUCCAUUUCACAGCGGGAUUGUGUUCUUCUACAGCAAUGAUAGCCCUUCUCACACACCAGUUUCCUGAAAUCAUGGGUAUUUUUGCUAAAGCUAUUAGCUGGCUUUCUUCCGGCACCAGUGGUAGCCAGUCCUGGUUUCUCUUUUCCCUAAAGGUCAGCUGUGUAAUGUGUGAAGUUGCCACUGGCUGUAGGCCUAGGAGUCUGAGUCUGCACUGGGUUCUGAGUUAAGCUUCAAGAAGAAUGACUUUUCACUGUUCCGGGAGUAUAGAUAUUUGGGUUGGAAACUGACUGUUCUAUUUCCUUUAACUGUAAAAAAGAAGCUUAGUGAUUGAUUCUGCCAUAACUCUGUUGUUUGCAAUGGUGUUGAUUAGGGAGUGAGUGCAUCUCAAAGUGAAUUGAACUUACUGUGUAAUCCAGCAUGGAAAAGCAAAAUGGACUAGAAAGGGAAUCCCAUCCAUUAAUAGCUGGGAAAAAUAUGUGCCAUUGUUAAUUUGAGAUCACAGGCAGCAGUGGGAGAGAUGGUUCUUGUGUUUCUCUCAGGGCAUUGAGGUGAGAAGGAAGUAAAAUAGAGCAAGGUACUGGCUAAAAUUAAUGUGGGAUGUACUCACCAUACGCUCUGUCCAUCGACAUUAGUGUAGAGUGUCUGCCUGAACCUAAGAGGUCACUAAUAGUACCAGAAGAGCCUUUAGAAUUACAUAGCAGAGCUUAUUCUUUAGCACUCCUCUAGCAGAGUCUGAGAAUGAAUUAUUAUCUAUUUUAAAGCUUAAGCUUCUUUUUUAGACCAAAAGUUAUUGAUAAACUGUGAUUGCAGUUGAAUAAUAAAUAAGCUUUUUUUUCACUGUCUGUUGGUAUUCGUGUAAUUGAUGAUUAUAUUGUUAAAAUGUGCCUGACGGUGAACUUUUUAAAAAAACGGUUUUCUAUUUCUUAAUUUAAAUGUAUAUUAAUUUUUUUAGAAAAUAUUUAUUUCUUUGUUUGAAAGGCAGAGCAGCAGAGACAGAGAGAGACAGAGAUCUUUCAUCCACUGAUUAACUCUCCAAAUGCCUGCAAAAACUGGGGGUGGGUCAGGCCAAAGCCAAGAGCCUGAAACUCCAUCCAGGCCUCCCACUUGGCUGUCAUUCUGCUGCCUUCCAGUUGGAUUAGCAGGAAACUGGACUGGAAGAGCAGAGUAGCUGGGACUCAAACCAUACCCUCUAAUAUGGGAUGCAGGCUUCCCAAGCAAUGGCUUAACAUACUGCACUAUAGUGCCCACCGUGAUAGUGAACUUUUAUAACCACCUCUGUCCCUGUGGGGUUUACAUGUCCAUUUUAAAUUUCCAAUCAUCCGGUGGGUGUUUGGUAUAACAGAUGAGCUGCCCAUUUGUUGUGAUGCUCUCAUCCCAUAUCCAUGUGUCUAGGUUCAAGUCCCAUCUCUGACUGUUUUUUUUUUUUAUUAUUAUUAUUCAAAUAGCAGAGUUACAGAGAGAGAGACAGAGGGAGGGAGGCAGGCAGGCAGGCAGGGAGGGAGGGAGGGAGGGAGAAACCUUCCAUCUGCUGGCUCACUCCCCAGAUGGCUGCAAUGGUCAGAGCUGUACCAGACUGAAGCCAGGAGCCAGAAGCUGCUUCUGGGUCUCCCACAUGGGUACAGGGGCCCAAACACUUGGGGCAUCCUCUGCUGCUUUCCCAGGCACGUCAGCAGGGAGCUGGACCAGAAGGGAAGCAGCUGAGAAUUGAACUAGAACCCACUUGGGAUGCCGUGCUAUAGGUGGCAGCCUGACUCAUCACAGUGCCAGCCCCCAGCUCUGACACUUAAUUACAGCUACUUGCUAGUGCAGACCCUGGGAAGCAUCAGGUGAUGGCUCAAGUGGUUGAGUUUCUGCUUCCCGUGUGGGAGACCUGGAUUGAGUCCCUGGCUCCCAGCUUCAGCCUGGCGCAGCCCUGGCUAUUGUGGGCAUUUGGGGACAAAACUAGUAGAUGGGAGCUCUCUGUCUCUGUGUCUCAAAUAAAAAUUUUAAAAACUCCUAGAACUAUUUACUGAAACUACCUGCAAACCAAUAUUUGCUGUACAGAAGUUCCGAAGGCAGGUCCCAUUUAAGAGAGAACAGAAAAUGAUAACAGUAUAGGCAGUCUCCUAUUAUAAAUUCAAUAUAUAAAUGCCUUGACAGACCAAGGAACUAGAGGCUGAAAUCCUGUUGCUUCACCACUUGGUAAAGUGUGGUAUUUGUGUUUAGGAGCAUCACCAUAUCACCAUCACCCAAGAACUUGUUAAAAAUUCAGGCUCUCAGGCCCCAGUCAGACCACCUGAAUGGGAAUCUGCAUUUUUACAAGGUUUGCAGGUGGUCUUACAUGCACAUUUAAAGCUUGAGAAGCCCUGUGCUCCCCCCCCACCCAUAUGAGGAACUUAAAACACCUAGGUAGUGCCACUCCAUCAAGGUGGAAAAGGGCCAGCAUUGUAGAGUGGUUAUGAGCUUAGACUCUGGAGCCAGACUGCUUUGCUCUGAAUUCCAGCCCUGGCACUUACAGCCUGUGCAACCUCAGGUAAGUUACCUACCCUUUUCUACCUUUAAUUGUAAAAUGAGAACAAUAAUGCCAUAUAGGUAUUGGUGAGGAUAAAAUGAAUUUUAAAUAUAUCAAAUGUCUAGAGCCAUGUCUACUUACAAUAAAAACUAAGUGAGUGUUAA